UGCGGGCCUGAACCCCAAGGAUCCUCCCCGCAGUCGGAGCAGCUGAACAUCUCCGGGACUGUAGUUGGGCGGCCCUUUGCAGCUGAGCAGGAUAAAACCACGUCUUCCUCACCAGAUACUGUAGGAAAGCAGAGACCCGACCGGUCAGUGAUGGUGAGGCAGCAGCCCCGCUGCGCCGCUGCGCCUCUUUCUAGUGGGAGAGGUUCCCUCAAGACUCUCACCGAGCCCGCCAUUUUUGCCAGGGAGACCAGCUGCGACUGUCGCGCGCCUCAUGAAAAGCUCACCAUCGCGCAGGCCCGUCGAGGCACCCCAGUGGACCGGCCUGUCCGCGUCUAUGCAGACGGCAUCUUCGACCUGUUCCACUCUGGACACGCUCGCGCCCUCAUGCAGGCCAAGAACCUUUUUCCCAACACCUACCUCAUAGUAGGAGUGUGCAGCGAUGAGCUGACUCACAAGUACAAGGGUUUCACGGUCAUGACGGAGUACGAACGCUAUGAAGCGCUGAGACAUUGCCGCUACGUCGACGAAGUUUUGAGAGACGCACCUUGGACUCUCACGCCUGAGUUCCUCGAGACACACAAGAUUGAUUUUGUGGCUCAUGAUGACAUCCCGUACUCCUCAGCUGGAAGUGAAGAUGUCUAUAAACACAUCAAGGAAGCAGGGAUGUUCGUGCCCACCCAGCGGACAGAGGGAAUCUCAACCUCGGACAUAAUAACCAGAAUUGUCCGAGACUACGACGUUUACGCCCGACGCAACCUCCAGCGUGGUUACACGGCUAAGGAGCUUAACGUCAGCUACAUCAAUGAGAAAAAGUACCGGCUACAGAACCAGGUGGAUCGCAUGAAGGAAAAGGUUCGCACAGUCGAGGAAAAGAGCAAACAUUUUGUCUACCGCGUGGAGGAGAAGAGUCACGACCUUAUUCAGAAAUGGGAAGAAAAAUCUAGAGAAUUUAUUGGCAACUUUUUAGAACUUUUUGGACCUGAUGGCACGUGGAAACAGGUGUUUCAGGAACGCAGCGGUCGAAUGCUGUCCUACGCGCUGUCCCCCAGGGAGUCGCCCUGCAAUAGUCCUCCCCGCGAACUGUCCCCCCUGCGCUCCCCCUCUCCUCCGUCUCCCCCCACCCGCUGGCACAGCGCGCGGCCCUCCCCCCCUACGUCUCCCAAAGGGGCGUCCGCCUCCAUAAGCAGCAUGAGUGAAGGUGAUGAAGAUGAGAAGUAGAUGGAUUUCUUAACGCCUAAAAAACAUCUCACCCAUUUCACACGUGGUGCACUGCCCGGGAACUCCUCACUAAAACACAUACGCACUCCUGCAAACACUGGCUGGAAACGGAGACGGAUUCACGUCAAAGACGUUGCACAUCUGCAAGGCUUGGCGGUGAACGGGGGGGGGAAAGGUAAGAAGCCAUCACAGUCUCUGUUGCCUGGGCAACCAAGCAGACCAAAGGAAGAGGCCAGAAGAGGAGGAUGGGGGGGGUUCUGCAAGUCUUGAGUAGUUUAUCAUUUCAGACGGACCAGAAUCCUUUACUGUACCUUUUAAAUGGAUCUGCUUGGUAGAACACUGGUAGAGACUCACCAGCCUUCCUGCAAUAUCACUGCUUUGCUUUUUGUCUACUUAUGUCUGAGUGUCCAUUUCUUUAAGAAGCCAAGUUUUGUCAUAAAUACCACAACCGGGAAGUUACUGGAACAGAUUUGACAUGAGAUGAUAAUUAGAAAUAAGACCAUGUUUCCCCUAAAAUAGCAGCAGAGACACUAUGUAUAACAUUUUGGCACUUAAACACAUAGUUAGUUCUAGUUUUUAGCGUUUUAGCUUAAAGGAGAUCAAGAAAAAAUAACUUUACUCAUCACUGAUACUAACGAGUGCUUUUUAAAAGGUAUUUCUCAGAUAAAUAAGGGAAAACUACAAGUCCGCAUGCUGACUGGAUACUUUAAAGACUGUCCAACUGAACGCUGAUGGAGUUUACUAAAUUCUGUUUUAAAUUGAUGACAGAAUUAAUUUUAAUAAAAUUACCCCACGAGGCUAAAACUGCAGCUAUCAUGUGCAAUCCCUGUUUUGUUUUUUUUUAUACACAACUUUUGAUUGUGAUGAGGUACACAAAGCAGCCUUCAGACGUACGUCUUGAAUGUAAAUUGAGUUUUUGAGAUUGCACUUGAAAAGGAAGUGCAACCGCUGUCUCCUAAGGUCGUAAAAGCAACGAAUUGUUCAGACCGUCCAGCUGGCGUUGCAAACUUUACCCCCUCAAAGGAACCAAUUAAUGAAAAUGGUUAUCUUUUUACAGUUUUCCAUGCUUUAUCAGACAUUCUUUGACGGUUUGGAACAUGACGUCCACCGUCAUUGAACAUUUGACAAAUUGAUGGAAAAAUAAGAAAAUGUAAGCUCUCUGGGUGAACUGUCAAAGUUGUCGGAAGCCUGAACUUUAACCCUGAUGUUUUAUUGCUAUUAUCAGAAAUGUGCUUUCAAGUUCUGCUCAUCCAUAAGAGGCCAAAGCGGACCAGUCUUCCACACUGACGAUAAACAGCAUAAUGUGAUGAAAAAAAACCUAAAUAUCCUUUUAAGCUCUACAUGUUAGUCUGCACUAUAAAACUUUGGGAAUAUAUGUCAUUUUUUUAUUUUUAAUGUUCAAACAGCUUGACAUGUAAAUAAAAAUGUUUAAGAGGAAAACAAUGAGAGUGCAUUCCAACUGUUUGAAUCAGAUA